CCUCUUCUACUAAAGCAGGAGAUGGCCGGCCAUCUGAUUUCGCGCAUUGGGUGGUGUUGGCUCGUGGAGUAUGGCCUUUUGGUUCUUCCUUCUUCUGGCGAUCGCGUCUCUGAGCACAAGUCACGCACAGCUUCCUACUACUGACGGAUACGUGAGUAUCGACUGUGGCAUCAGCAGCAACACAAAUUACACCGACGAAACCACCAACAUACCAUACGUAUCAGACGACGGGUUCAUCGACACAGGGACGGACCACACCAUCGCCUCCAACUACGCAGGCUCCUCGCUCGAGAAACAACUACAGACUCUUCGAAGCUUUCCAAAUGGAUCUCGGAAUUGCUACGCACUGACGGUGACGCCGGGUCAGAAGUACUUGGUGAGAGCCUCCUUCAUGUACGGGAGCUACGACGGCCUGAACGGAGCGAGCCCCAGCAAUCCCCUCCUCUUCGACCUUCACCUUGGCGUCAACCUUUGGACGACCGUCAACAUCACCAAGGCAUCCGAUGUUCAUCGGGCAGAGGCCAUUUUUGUUGCUUCUGCUGAUUCCGCAUCGGUCUGCUUGGUAAAGACUGGCUCUGCAACUCCCUUCAUAUCUGCACUGGAGCUGCGGCCGCUCAAGAACGCCAUCUAUUCUUACGCCAAUGCUACGCAAAAUCUGGUCCUGUUCUUGCGAAUUAACCUGGCACCGACCACGAAUAACUUGUUGAGAUAUCCGUUCGACCGCUACGAUCGCAUCUGGCGGCCCUCCGUUGCUGCGACCGGUUGGACCUCCAUAUCUACCAACCUCACAGUAAAUAACUACGCCAAGGAUCAAUUCGAGGCUCCGUCGGCUGUGAUGCAAACGGCGGCAGUGCCCGUUAACGCCAGCAUGUUGGAAUUCUACUGGGACUUUGUGGGUUCGGGCGCCCCCGUUAACGAGUUCUACGCCAACCUCCACUUCUCGGAGCUUCUCCCGAACACCUCGAGGGCGUUCAACGUUUACCUCAAUGGCGACAAGUGGUACGCUAACUAUACCCCGCCCUACCUCAUGUCCGAUGCCAUAUACAGCACCACCCCCCUGACUCCUAGUCUGCGGUAUAAUUGGACUCUCAACUCCUCGGGCCUGUCCACGCUUCCUCCAAUCCUCAACGCGCUCGAAGUCUACGCGCCGAUGUUUGUCAAGAACACGCCGACCGACUCUGACGACGUUGAUGCCAUUAUCAAUGUCAGGGUACAAUAUCAACUGAAGAGAAACUGGAUGGGUGAUCCAUGUUCCCCAAAAGAAUAUGCUUGGGAUGGCUUGAAGUGCAGCUAUGAUCUCAAUUCACCAAGGAUCACAGAUGUAAACCUGUCAGCAAGUGCAUUGACUGGCCCUAUUUCCUCUUCUUUUGCCAAGCUCACAGCAAUCAAGUACCUGUAAGUGCUGGUAGCUUUGUUUAUUCUUGAUCUGCUCUCUCAUUUGGUUCUGGCAUAAGAAAAUUGGACUAGGAAUUUUUGAACCACUUAGAAAUUCUAUGUUAAGAAGUUAAUUUACAUUUUAAUUUGGCUAAAAUCUCAUUGAAGUGUUUGAUUAAAGAGGUGAUUCCAGAAUAAUCUGUGUAAAUGACAUAUUUGACCAAAGAUACUACAUAGGAAUGCUAUAAAUUUGACACUUAUGUGAAUCUUUACUAUAAUCAACUUUUACUUUAGAGGAAAAAAUUAGUUGUUGCAUGACUGUCCAUUUGUCAUGACUUGUAUUAAGUUGGCUAGUCUAAAUCAUGUGCCAUAUU